UUUCGGUCGGUCGACUUCAAUUGUCCAUUUGGAUCCUUUAUAGCAACUGCACACCAUUCUCUCGUAGUACCUUUAUUCACAAAUUUCCCAAUCGCCUCUUUCCAAGAUGCGUCACAGUCACCUGGCUUGCUUGUGGCUACUGUCUCCAUUCUGCGGUGCAUCGAUUCACGAGUCUAUCGAGCAACUACCUGGCGAUUAUGUACAGCUAGACGCUGCUCCUCUGGACGAGCUCCUGUCUUUGAGAAUUUAUCUUGCCGACCUGGAAAAGCCAUAUCUCAAAGUGGCCCAAGAGGUAUCCGACCCGAACUCUAAGCAAUAUGGCCAGUAUCUAGGCUCGCAAGAGCUACGAUCCAUGUUGCCUGACAAGAGUCUCGCUUCGACAAAGGUUGCGGGCUGGCUUCAAGACAAGGGUUUGUACAACUACACCACAGAAGCCGAAAGAUUGGAUGUCACAGCUACCAUUGCCGACUGGAACCGAGUCCUAAACACAACCUUUCAUCGAUUUCGACACAGGGCCACCAGCCGUACCGUGGUUCGCACCACCAAGUACAGCAUUCCAAGCACCCAACAGGAUACCAUCAGUUAUAUAUUCCCAACAAUCCACUUCUUUCGGCUUGCCCCGGACCCUGUCCAGCUUCAGAAGAGACAACACGUACCUGCUGGACCCAGCAACUGCUCAAACAGCAUAUGUCCGUCUUACCUGCGCACGAAAUACAAGAUCAAUUACACGCCACCCGAUGGCAAGUCUGGCAGCACAUUUGCUAUCGCAGGGUUUCUGAACAAUUUCCCCAACAUCACAGACGUCAGAGCCUUCUUGACCAAAUAUGACAAGAAGAAUCCCAAGUCUAUCCCCACCAUCAACACUGUUUCUGUCAACAAGGGCACCCUCAAACCACCAGUAGACGAGGCGUCACUCACAGUCGAGGCCGAACUAGACCUAGAUUACUCAAUGGCGUUUACCGGCCCGCUACCCGUCACCUUUUACUCUGUGGGUGGUCACGCACCAAAGAUCGGCCAACGUCCCAGCGGAUCCGUCUCACCCGAUGACAAUGAGCCAUAUGCGGAAUUCUUCGACUAUGUACUCGGUUUGAAGAGCCCACCUAAAGUUAUUUCAAUUUCGUAUAAUGACGACGAGAAGAGCGUUCCCAUCGCAUAUGCCCAGCAUGUUUGCGAUCUGUUUGCGAAAGCUGCUGCCCGCGGCAUCUCUAUCAUUGGGUCUUCUGGAGAUGGCGGGGCUUCCGGCGCAGGUGGUGACACGACUUGUCUUGGAGUAUCCGGCAAGAAGAGACUCUUUGUACCCACGUUUCCGUCGAGCUGCCCGUGGAUGACCUCUGUUGGUGCCACUAGAGACUACGGCGGUGCGGCCUCUUUUAGCUCCGGGGGCAUGUCAAAUAUCUUCAAACGCCCCUCCUGGCAGGACAAGGCUGUCUCUGGCUAUAUAAAAGCGUUGAAAGGCAAACACAAGGGCCUUUACAAUGUCAGUGGCCGUGCACAACCUGAUGUCAGUCUGCUGGGCGAUGAUUAUCUGACACUUACUGGGGGCAACCCCUAUACUCACGACGGCACAAGCGCAUCUGCGCCGGUUUUUGCAGCCAUGGUAGCACUUACCAACGAUAUACGUCUCAGAGAGAAGAAACCAGCCUUGGGAUUCCUUAAUCCUCUGUUGUAUUCGGCAAAAGCCAGUCCAGCCUUUCGAGAUAUUAAAGACGGUAGCGAUACGAUUGGAUGCGCAGAUGGUAACUUUAUCGAACCUGGUUGGGAAGCUCUCGCAGGCUGGGACGCGGCUACGGGAUUGGGAGAGCCUGAUUUUACGAAACUCGCCGCAAUACUGAAAAUAUAGGUAGCUUAAGAUAUUUCUACAUGUAUUUUGGUGUUCCGAAAACAGCAUGACUUUUAAAAGUAAUAACAUUCUAUGCAUAUUGUCACUAA